ACCUCAAACCAUUGUCUCUGCGCUUUCCUCUCUUCUCUAGCAAAAAGCUGCCCAUCUCGCAAAGCAGUAAUUUUUGGGUUUUCUUUCAGAGACAAUAAUCAAGAAAUGGAGGCAAUGAAGAUGAAGCUUUUCGUUGCAAUGAUGGUAGCUGUCUUGGCCUUGUCUGCAGUGCAGAAGGCCGCCGCCGCUGAUGCUCCGGCUCCCACCCCAGCAUCCGACGCUGCUGUUUUUGUCCCAACUUUCGUAGCUUCCCUUGCUGCGUUGGCUUUUGGGUUGUUCUAUUGAGUUUUUGGGUAGACAGCUCUCUGUACCCAUUUGCUCUUUCUUUUCCCUCUACACACUCAUUCCUCUUUUCUCAGCUGUCUCUUCCUCCUCCACGGGGGAGAUGGAUCUGAGAAGAGAGGAAAUGGGUUUUCUUUUUCCAUUUCUUUAUGUUUCUAGGUUUAAAUUUAUUUAUUGUUGAUCUUGAGUUUGAUUUGUGUGUAUCUUGUACUAUAUUGAGAUGUGGUUUUUAGAUUAGGAUAAUAAGGAGAUGAUGGGGAGGACAGUGAUGUCUUGGUGGUGUUUCUUGUAUCUUAUACCAUUUUCUCAUCUUCCCUUCAUUUGUGUAUCUGGUUUUUUCUAGUACUAAUAUAAUUUAUUCAUUUAUCUUACUCUCGCAGUGUCUGUGCCUUA